CUCAUCCCGGGGGCUGGUGCACCGGGGAAAAAAGGCCACCGUCUCUCUCCCCUCCAAAUACUAUAACAGUCUCACUUUUGGAGACGCAUCCGGACAUCCGGAAUCCCAUCUGCCUCCCCCCUCCCUAACCUCUCUCCUCUCUCUCUCUCUCUCGCCUUUAACACCUAGCCCGCUUUCAGUCCAGGUGGCAGAGCGCACAUCGGCCGAGGGAUGCAGACUCUCAUCUCCAACAACACACGGAUAGCGGAGCUGGGAACAGCCGCCGACAGCCACGGCUCCGUUAGCUAAAGAAGGCGAACAGCUCUGCAUUUGCGUGGACUCUAAAAAAAGGAUACAUUUGUUCUCAAUUCUUCUUCUCCCUUUUUUUUCUUAAACUCAAGCGAGCAAAUCAAGCUGUGUUCAAUGCGCAACCAUGCUCAUCAUCUCAUCUCGCAGUGCGCUGCUGUCCGUCUACUACCCACAGAUCUUCCUCAUCCUCACCAGCGGUAGCUACCUGGCGUUGUCUUCUGUGGUAGCUCUGGGUGCCAACAUCAUCUGCAACAAGAUACCUGGACUGGCCCCACGUCAGAGAGCCCUCUGUCAGAGUCGCCCCGAUGCCAUCAUCGUCAUUGGUGAAGGUGCCCAGCUGGGCAUCAACGAGUGUCAGUACCAGUUCCGCUACGGCCGGUGGAACUGCUCAGCCCUGGGAGAGAGGACCGUGUUUGGACAAGAGCUGAGAGUAGGCAGCAGGGAAGCAGCGUUCACUUAUGCCAUCACGGCUGCUGGAGUUGCCCAUGCAGUAACCGCAGCGUGUAGCCAAGGCAAUCUGAGCCAGUGUGGUUGUGACCAGGACAAGCAGGGCUACAAUGACCAGGAGGAGGGCUGGAAAUGGGGAGGCUGCUCAGCUGAUGUCAAAUACGGCGUGGAGUUUUCGCGGCGUUUCAUGGACGCCCGCGAGAUCAAGAAAAACGCCCGGAGGCUGAUGAACCUGCACAACAAUGAGGCAGGGCGAAAGAUCCUGGAGGAGAGAAUGAAGCUAGAGUGCAAGUGUCAUGGUGUAUCUGGUUCCUGUACUACUAAGACCUGUUGGAUCACCCUGCCAAAUUUCAGAGAGAUCGGUAACCUGCUGAAGGAACGCUACAGCGAUGCAGUUCAAGUAGAGCCAGUUCGAGCCACGCGGCUUCGCCAACCCUCCUUCCUGCGUCUCAAACAGGCUCGAGGCUACCAAAAGCCCACAGACACAGACCUGGUGUACCUGGAGCGCUCUCCCAACUAUUGCGAAGAGGACAGGGCCACAGGAAGCACAGGGACAAGAGGAAGACUGUGCAACGGCACCUCGAGCCUCGCAGACGGCUGUAACGUGAUGUGUUGUGGUCGGGGUCACAACACACACCACUACACGCGAGUCUGGCAGUGCAACUGCAAGUUCCACUGGUGCUGUUUCGUCAAGUGCAACACAUGCAGUGAGAAAUCAGAGGUUUUUACUUGCAAGUGAGGAAACAAUGAGGCAGGGUACCGAGAAAGGAAGGGAAAAGGGACAAGGGUACGAAGGGAAGGGAAUAUGAGAAGCUGGAAUUGGAAGUGAAGAAUUUUGGAGGUAUUUAUUACAUUUUGCACAUUCUGACAUCCCAUCUGGAAUGGAAAACAAAGUGGAAUUUGAUUGGGAGCAACAGACAUAAAUAUUUAAGACACGUAACUGCUUGCAUGCUAGAGUAAAAGUGACAUGACAGUGAAAGGAUUUUUAAGAUAAUAUCAGUGACGUAUCCUACAGAUGUUCCACAGAAGAAGAGAAAGGCGACUGUUGGAUCUUGGAAAACGUCUGGAAGACGCUAACUGGAAAUACUAUGAAGUAAGAUUGCAGCGGAAUGCGUUCAGCUCUACACUGUACUCAGUUUGAACACUGAAAAUGAAUUAUUUAUGUCAAAAUAUUUUUCACACUUAGAGGAUGGUUAGCAAAUUCACGUGCUCUGGCAUUUUUUUUCCUCUCUCCAAUUCAUGCGGGCCACAAUGGUUUUGUCAUAUGGAAGCUCAAUUACAGCAACUAAACAGCAAAAAUAAUCUUUUUCCAUUUUUUCCUCCCAUAAAGGGCAACUUACUAGUGCUUUAUUCUCUUUUUUUGCACUCACGUGGUUAUGUUUUCUUUUUUUAUGUCAUGAGACAUUGGUUACUUUGGGGAGCUGUUGGGUCAUGGACAUACACUCACCGCCGAUGCUUUCCUAUGCCAAGAACCAAAGAGGCAGAAAAAUACACAUGAAGUACUUUUAAACACCGUACUUGUCAGUUUGAACGGCACCUCGUCUUGACUGUGUUCACUGUUUUGUUUUUGGAAGGCUCUUGACUUCUGUGAAAACCAUGUAAGCCUCAUUGGAACUCUAUAGAGGUGCAAUCAGGUUCAGAUACAUCCAGCAUUCCCAUGAACGGCAGAGACGUGGAAUUCCACAUUCAUGGUCUGUGCUUACACAAGGCCUUCCAGCGCGGUUUAGGCCUGCCUGGGUGGAUGGCAUGUACCCCAACCACACGGAAGAGGGUAUGUGAGGAUCAAAGGCCUCAAAGCUAUUUUUGGACAGAACCCUUAAUGUAUUCAGAAAUGUUUAUUUAGGCUUUAUAUAACUUACAAAACAUUUUGAAGAGUAUAUUUUUAUAUGAGGAACGUGGCACUUUAUGUCAUUUAAGGUGGAAAGAAAGUCACUAUUUAGGAGUGCUUUCUGACAUCAUUGUAUACAGAUUGAAAAGCUUUAAGUUAUUUGGAAUUUUUGUUUUUCUUCAAGGUUCCUAAACUGUAAAUAUUCUACAUGUUUUAUCAAAAGUUGACCAGAUCGUCUAUCUUCACAUGAUCCUUCAUAACUCAGAGUGGGCUCUAAUAGUUAGUUGUCAAAUCAAAGUAAUGCAAAGGCAAGUGGAAACCACUAUUAAAGUGGACCUAUUGUGCUUUUCCUUGUUUUCUAUCACAUAUAUAAUGCUACAAUGGUGGGUGCUCAUAUUAAACAUGGAAAGGUUUUCAAUUAAUGAAGCCUGAAAUCCUGCUUCAGACUGCACUAAACACUUAGUUUUAGUGUGUUUUUCCAACUUCAGCUCUGUGUAGUAUUCACUGAGAGGGGCCAUCCUAAUAUGGUCAUCUAAGGGACAAAUUUUGUAUUUGUAAAUGGCAUCCAAUCAGAAGAAAGUUGACUUAAUGAGAGGGUUUUAUUAAAGGAAAUGGAUGAAUACAAGAUAAAUAAUGAUUAUUUUGAACUGUGAAUCACUCAAAGCUACUCUAGAGUCCAAGUAUUAUAAUAUGCAGCUGGCAAGCAUAAUAGGUCCCCUAUAAAAAAAUAAAAAUAAAAAGGUACAUGGAAGGUGCUUAUAGACAGUACAUGGGUAGUGUAAAACAAAGUGCAUGUAUUUUGUAUUUGUCUUGAUGGUGCUUUUGGUUAACAGUUUCCUAAAAGCAUAGCUAUAACUUAAAGAAAUUUAACUAAAUCUGUAUUUUAUUUGUUUUGUUGCAAAAUUAGAGUCUGCAACACAAACAUUGACAGUUGUAUUUCAUUC